GAAGCGUACACCACCGGAAGUGCCCUUCCAGUGGCGGCCCAGCCAGGCCUUCGGCACUAUGAGCGGCAGUGUGGAGCCGCUGAGAAGGCGGCCCGGGGUCGGGGUCGGAGUGGUUGUGACCAGCUACAAGCAUCCUCGAUGCGUCCUGUUGGGCAAGAGGAAAGGGUCCUUUGGAGCCGGCAGUUUCCAGCUUCCUGGGGGACAUUUGGAGUUCGGAGAGACUUGGGAAGAAUGUGCUCGAAGGGAAACCUGGGAAGAAGCUGCUCUUCACCUGGAAAAUGUCCGCUUUGCUUCAGUGGUCAAUUCUUUUGUCGAGAAAGAGAAUUACCAUUAUGUCACUAUACUGAUGAAAGGAGAAGUCGAUAGGACCCAAGACCCAGAACCCAAGAAUGUAGAACCUGAAAAAAAUGAAAGUUGGGAGUGGGUUCCAUGGGAAGAAUUCCCUCCUCCAGACCAGCUUUUCUGGGCACUCCGCUGUUUGAAGGAACAAGGCUACAAUCCAUUUACAGAAGAGCUGAGCCAUCUGGAAGGAUACAAAGGAAACCAUCUCCAGCUGACCAAAAAGAUUCUUUGAAUCUUUUUGAAUUUCUUGACUCUUCUUGGAUCUCAAAAUGUGAUCUGAGAUUCCCAGGAGAUUUUCAGGGUAUCAAGGCCUGAGCUGUUUUUCAGGCAUGUAACUUUUCACUUUCAUUCUCUGAUGAAUGUACAGAGAUUUCCAGAGCCUGUCUGCCUGCAUGGUAUUGUAACAGAGCAAAUGCAAAAGCAGAUAUGAGAAUCAGCUGUCAGAAUUAAGUCAGACACAAAACUGUACAACCGUAAUACCCCCCUCACUGAUGAACUUUUUUGUUUUAGAAAAAGUUACUUUUCAGAAAAAUUAGGUGCACAUAUUGUUAUUUGGUUAAUAAAAAUUUCAGGGUUUUUUUCAUGGAGAUAUAUCUUGGGCUUUGUGUUUUUUGUUUUGUUUUCUUGGCAGUACUGGAGAGUAAACUCAAGGCCUCAUGUUUGCUCAGCUAGGCACUCUACCACUUGAACCAGGCAUCAGUCCACAAAUAAGAUCACAUUUUGAAGCACUCUCCCUCUCUUCCUCCCUCCCUCUCUUGCUCUCCUAUAUCCUCCCUCUUUUCCCUUUCUUUCUCUCUCUGCAAGUAAUUAGGUUUGUGUACAUAGAAGUUAGUGCUAAAAUUAAGUCGUUCUCAUAAGAAACACCACUUAAAGCUGUUAACUGAGAGGCAUAUCCAUGGCCUCUAUAUUAUUACCUCAACAAAUUGAAAAUUGUAAGUAUGUACUUAAUUCCAAAUUCCUAUGCCACAUAUUUUUCAUUUUAAAAAUAUUUAAAUAUUGGAUUUUUGUAUAAUACCAGGGCUUAAUAGUUUUGCAUACAGCUCUCCCAUUUUAUCAACAAUUUCUAGGCAAAAGGGACAGUCAUAAGUAAGCCAAACAUUUGCCAACUUCAAUUGGGACUUCCUGUUUCUGUCCCCCUUAUUUUUGGUUGUACUGGGGCUUAGAAUUCAGAGCUUCAAGCAUGCUAAGCAGGCAUUUUAUCACUUGAGCCACAACUCCAGUCCCUUUUGCUGUGGUUAUUUAUGAGAUAGGGUCUGGAUUUUUUUCUCCUAUUUACAUUCCCACUGUCACUGGGAGAAAAGCUGUUUCUAUGGAGGAGCAGUAGUGAAACAAAUCAGAAAUGUACCUACCAGUGAAAGGUGUGUAUGCAUAGAGCUGCCACUAGGUGGAGCACUUGAAAUAGAAAUGUUGCUCUACUAACGUAGAGGAGUCAUGAUGGCAAGGUAUUAUAUUGUAGGGGAAAUUAUUGAAGUUUGUAUUUGAAAUUAAGAAAUGUACUCAUUAUCUUGCCCAUGUAAUUAUAACCCCUCUGUACAGUAUUUUCACAAUAAGAAAAGAAAAUAAAUACCUCAAAUAAAUCAGUAUAUUUUUUAUGAAAAAAAAGAAAGAAAUUAAGAACCUUAUGAUAUCUUCUAUAUUUUCAGAAGCAUAUGGUCAUGAUCAUACGGUCAUUUGUGUUUGAGAAUACUCCCAUGUUUUAUUAGUGAAUAUACAAGUAGAUAUACUUGUUUUACACAGUAAGAAUAUAUUUCAAUCAACAAGAUACUUAGGGUACCGAGAAAGAGGCUAUUUGGGUAAGAGACUCUUGAAACACCAAGAGAAAUAGAUCAGGAAAACAGCUAGAAGUCCAAAAAAUAGAAACCAUGGUCUGGGUAGGCCUGCUAAGGACUAGGGUAAAUUUCACUUUUCUUAGUGACUUUUCAAUAGACUAGGUUUACAAGUCCUGAUGGCAGCAGCCACCAGCCUUAUUUACUUUCACUGUCCCUGUCCAGGUUUUAUCACUAGAGGAGCUGAAUUUCAGCCAGAGGCUAGUGGCUCACACCUCUAAUCCUCCCCACUCAGGAGACUGAAACCUUAAAGAUCACAGUUCAAAGCCAGCUUGGGUGGAAAAAUCUGUGAGACUCAGUCUCCAAUCAACCAGUAAAACACCAAACUGAAGGCAUGGCUAAAAUAUAGAGUGCCCAUGACAAGAAAGCAAGCAAGAACUCAAGCCCCAAUAACAGCACCUAAAAAAAACCCAAAAAACAAUCAAACAAAAAAACCUCCAAGUGGAGAGAGGAAGAAUAAGCAGCCAACAGGUUCAGGAAUAAAGUAAGGCCCAGAGUAAGGGAUUAGGGCUGGGGGAAGUGAGGAGUUUGAGCCAGAGGAAUGGGACUGGAUCAGCCUGUGAAAAUGAAGUAGUAUGACGUCCUGCAGUUCACUUUCCCAACCCAGGAUACAGGCCUGGCUUUUUCUAAUGUGGGUCAAUCUUUGGAAGGGAUUCUAGAGGGCUAGAAGUGAUGGCCAGAAGUAAUAGUUGUGAGAAUCAACGGUUAAACCCAUGGUAGAAAUCACUCCUAAAAGUUUUUUUCUGUAUGGGAUCUCAUAGGCAAGCAAACUAGCCAAUAAGCAUGACUUCAGCAAAUCUGCAUGCGCCAUAAAUAAAGUUCAUUAGGUAUCCUUAAUGCCUUGCAAAAUAGCUGGAAUAUGAGUAGGACUCCAUUAACAUUUAAAUCUAUGUGAAUAAUAAAGGAAACAAAAAACUCAGUAACUUUUUAAAAUGGAAGAAUAACAUGCAUAUAGGACAUAAUGAAUUACCACUACCUAGAUCAAGAAAUAGAACUUACCAGCACCCCAAAACUGAUUUCUGAUGAAUCUGCUUUGAACCUGCUGUAGGAAAUUAUACAAUAUGAUUAUAAGAAUUGUGUAACUCAUGGCACCUUUCAGUCAACAGUGCUUUUGAGUUUUUAUCCAUGUCAUGCAGCUAUAAUUCAUCGCUAUCAUUUUGCAUAGUAUUCCAUACUUAAAUACACUGAAAUUGCUAGGUGUGGUGGUAACAUGCCUAUGAUUCCAGAACUUAAGUCUGAAGCAAGAUUGCGAGUGGGAGGGCAGCCUAGACUACACAAUUGAGCUCUGUAUUAAUAAGAAUUUACAUAAUGUCGAUGUUCAUUUGAGAAUUUUGACUGGGAACUAUUGUAAAUAAAGCUGCUAUGACUUUGUA